AUGGGGAAGAAAAACAAAGAUUCUUUGGGACGAGCCCUGAUCAAGGAUAGAUUUUCUAAGAAUCGGCACCGAAAAUUUGUGGAAGGAAAUUCUAUGUUACAUACAACUGAACUCAAUGAUGGCCAAGACUGGGGCCGACUGAACUUACAAUCAGUCACUGCUGAAUCAUCGCUGGAGGAGUUCCUCUCGACUGCAGAGCUAGCACAAAAAGAAUUUGCAUCUGAAAAAAUUUACAACAGUUACUGGAGAUAUUUCGCGUAUGAACCUUAUCUUGAUGAUAUAACUCAGCCAAACUAUGAGCAGCCAUUGACAGUGCCAAGAAGACCCAAAUGGCAUCAAGGCAUAACUGCAGAAGAGCAACUAACCCGUGAAAGGGAAUCAUUCCUAGAAUGGCGUCGUCAACUAAAUAAGUUGCAAAAUGUAUUGGGUGCUGCAGUCACUCCAUAUGAACGAAAUCUUGAAUUAUGGAAACAGCUGUGGAGAACCUUGGAGAAGUCUGAUGUUGUGUUGCUACUUCUUGAUGCUAGGAAUCCUUUAUUGUUUAGAUGUGCAGAUUUAGAACAGUAUGCUAAAGAAGAGAAAUGCAAGUGUAUACUUCUGUUAAACAAGGCAGAUUUAAUAAAUGAAUAUGAAAGAAAAUGUUGGGCAGAGUACUUUACCAAAGAGAAUGUUUCAAUAAUAUUCUUUUCGGCUGCCAAAAAUACUAAUGAACGAAAAAUAUCAGAAUCUAGUGCUGAAGCUGACCCCAACAGUCAUAAUGAUUCUGAAACUGAGUCCGCUUAUUCUGAAGAUGAAUCUGAUAAUGAAAAAGAAAACUUAACAGCUACGGAAGAAGAUAUAGAAAUUUUUAAAAAACAAUUGGCAGAAAUUGACAUAGCUGUUCGUAAUACGUCAGAUAAAAUAGACAAGAUUCAAGAAAAUCUAGAUAAAGUUGUUGAAUGUUUAAGACUUGGUAAGCCUAUUGACGAUUAUAAAUCUUCUGAAAACACAAAUAAUGAGAAUGUCGAAGAAAAAAAAGAAAUUGUAAUAAAAGUACAAAAUUCCCAUGAAAUAUUUGACAGAGAGCAAUUAUUGGAGGUUCUGAAAAAUGUGUCUGUUGAAAAGUUAAAGAAUCCACCGAGACUAACUGUGGGCAUGAUUGGGUACCCAAAUGUUGGCAAGUCUAGUACUGUCAAUGUUAUAAUGCAGACAAAGAAGGUAAGCGUAAGCUCGAUGCCGGGUCACACGCGACACAUCCAAUCAUUAAUAUUGGAUGAUGAUAUAGAACUGUUGGAUUGCCCCGGCCUAGUAUUGCCAGCUUACGCUGUAGCCCCCGACUUAUUGUUGACAGCUGUGUUGCCAAUCGAUCAAAUGCGUUCCCACGAUGCAGCCAUGGCGCGACUGUGUCAGCUAAUUAGCAAGCAAACGUUUGUGGAAAAAUAUGGACUACUAUUGCCCGACGAUGGGUCAAAAGAGCCGGACCACAAACAGAUCCUCACUGCACAUGCUUUCAACCGCGGGUUCAUGACGGCGGCGGGCCAGCCGGACCAGUCGCGGUCGGCGCGUCUGUUGCUGAAGGAGGCGGCGAGCGGCCGCCUGCGCUGGGCUCAGUUGCCGCUCGGCGCCGAGCCUCAGCCGCUCGACAUCGCCAUCGCCGACAAGAGGAACGAGCGGCGGAAGCCUACGCCGAGGGAAGUCAGGGCUGUGGAGGGUUGGCGGAACAAAUCAUCAGAAAUCGACAGCGCCUUUUUCGCCUUGAGCAAGAGUACAGCACACGUAAAAGGAAAACCAGUUUUGGGGAUCGUUGGAGCUCAACCAGCUGGCAAUGGUACUGGCGCUAAACCUUGGAAGCAAGAAAAGAAACACAAAAACAAAAAUAAACGAGAAAAACUAAGAAGGGUAUACGCAUCUCUUGACGAACACUAA